AUGGCUAUUUUCGUCGAGUUUCAACAAUCAAAGACCGACAAUGGCUGCGUGCAGUGCUCCGUGUUCUCCAAUCGCGAUCGCAUGCUGAAGAGGCGGUGCGUACUACCACAUACUCCUCCCAAGAUGGUCGCUUGGUCGGCUCGCCUGGUGGAGAACCCGGGCGACUUCUACGUGCGCGGGCGACACACCGUGGGCGACCUGAUGGCCGCGCUGCACGUUGGCGACUUGGCGGAGUACUUGGACACGCUCGAGUCCGUUCAGAUCGCAGUGGCGAACGUCAUGACCGACGUCCACUGCGGUCGUUGCUCGUUCGCUGGAGCAGGCCAACUGGAUUAUGAGGCUUCUCGUGCCUGUCGCUCGGGAGAUAGGUGGAAGAUGACGGCUAUACCAAAAGACCGCGGUGGAAAGCUCAGCGCGGACGAGUGGAGGACCCCGUACCUUCCUGCGAUACUUUACAUGUAUACGGCUUUCCUGCGCGAUGAGGUCCGAACGGUGGAAGAGGUCCGUGCGGAAUUCAGGACGUACCUUGCUUUGGGACGGGGCUCUUCGUCCGGGAUGACAACCGGUGUGGCCACAACGUUAUACCGUCCCGCUCAGGCGCGAGCACGAGCUGUCCAACCCGCACCGGUGGAGAGAGAAUUCUGGUUUGCGAUGUGCGCACACAUCCACGUGAUCUGCACCUCCAGCGAAUUGUUCAUCGGUGUGGACCCGCGGCCUUUCGACGGCGUGUCAAACGUGGAGCUUCGACGUCGCUGGCUCCAGAAACUGGGCGUGGCUCUGAUGCGGAUUGAGAUCGACACCUUGAAGAACAGCAUUCAGAGGAAGCCCCGGGUUCAUGAAUGUUCCGCUGGGGUUGAUCAGCUCGCGGAUGUGCAAGAGGUGGUAGAGAUGCUGAGGUCCGAGUCGUCGACAACGGAACUCGUGUUCUGGGAGUACCAGGCGCACAGUCCAUGCCCCGGUGUUCCGUGCCUGCCUGUUGGGAUGAUCGAGGGCUCGCCGGGACAUGCGACCUGGUCCGCCCGUCAGGCGAAGCAUUGCCACCGCGUGCUGGCGCACAUGUUGGCCCGGAUGGCGAUCUUCGAGUCUGUGCGGUUUGCCGACGCCGGCUUGAACGCACAGUUGACGGAGCAUCUGCAUUUCUGCCACCAGCGUCUGGGCUGGUUAGCGGCUCAGCUCGAGGGGUAUUCCGCUCCGGUCUAA